AUGCAAGAUCAGAACAGAAAAUCUCUUGAUCAGUAUAAUGCACCUUCAUUUAAGUCACCCACAUCUUGGUAUACUUCAGACACAAUAAAUGAGUACAUUAAAAUGAUAGUAACACGGUCAGAAGGUGAAGUUUAUGCAGUUGUCACUGAUUUUAUUGUAGCGUAUCUUCGAGGAGGUUACCCAGCUGUGAGAAGAUGGAUAAAAAAAGAUAUUCACACAAUAAAAUUACUUUUUGUGCCCAUGAAUGUAUAUGGGAAUCAUUGGAUAUUGACAGUGGUUAAUAUACCUGAAAAGACUGUGACAUCAUAUGAUAGUCUUAAGUCGUAUAAGGGUCCUUAUCCAAUGGUAUUAAAAAAUUUCUUAAUUGAAUGGGAGAUGGACAAAAAAGGAAAAGCUUCUACAUGGACAUUACAAAUAGGCGAGACAUCUCGCCAAACCAAUGGACAUGAUUGUGGGCCAUUUACUGUUGAGCUGGCAGAAAAAAUGUCUCGAGGAGAUACAACACCAAUAAAUGAAAAAAUAAAUCGUUCAUUGUUUUAUCAGAAUAUAAUUAUUGUUGUUCAUCUCAAAUGA